AUGUUCGACACUCAAGUACGCAAAGUGAGCGCAUCCAAUUUCACCUUUGAAAACGCAACACACAGCGAGUUUCCCGAGCAGAAUGCCAUCAGUGUCAUUACCAGCGAACACGAUAAGCAGGCCAUCCAGGAGGCUGUUGCUUGGUUGUCCAAGAACGAAGCCAUCGGUAUCCCUACAGAAACUGUAUAUGGUCUUGCUGCCAAUGCCUUGAAUGCAGAUGCUGUCUCCAAGAUCUUUGCUGCCAAGAACAGACCCCAGGACAAUCCCUUGAUUGUGCAUGUGUCCUCCAUUGACAUGCUCAAGAGUAUUUUGCCUGACAACCAUGUACCCGAAGUGUACAUGCCCGUCAUUAAACAGCAUUGGCCAGGCCCAUUGACCAUCAUCCUGCCUGCAUCACCCAUGAUCCCAACCUCUGUUACCUGUGGACAUCCAACUGUCGCUGUCCGUUUCCCAGCUCACCCUGUUGCGCGUAGCCUGAUCGAAGCAUGUGGCUUCCCAUUAGCCGCUCCCUCUGCUAAUUCAUCCGGCAAACCUUCACCUACACUCGCAAGCCAUGUGUUUCACGAUCUUCAAGGCCGUAUUCCCUUGAUUUUGGAUGGAGGUGCAUGUGAUGUGGGUGUCGAAAGCACUGUCUUGGAUGGGCUUCGUAGUCCUCCAGCUAUUUUGCGUCCUGGUGGAUUGACUUAUGAAGCAUUGAAUCAAGUACAAGGCAUGAACAACCUGCAAGUGUACAGAAAGCAUUUUGUGGAUAAACAACUGGAGGCAGCACCUACCACACCCGGCAUGAAGUACCGUCAUUAUUCGCCUGAAGCUAUGGUCAUUUUGAUUGAUCGCAAGGAAGAAGUAGAUACAGCAUUUGACACAAAGUUUGAUAGAGUCUGGAAGGAGCAAUUAAAGGCCAUUCAAGCAUCUGGUGUAGGUGUAUCCAAGAUUGGCAUACUGAGAACAACUCAAGAUGGCCAUGAUGCAGUUUGGGAGACAACGUCCACCACUGAUAAUGUUGAGUGCGUGUCUCUUCAAAUGGGCCGUCAUGGACAUCCUGAGGAAGUUGCUCGUGGCAUGUUCAAGGGCUUGCGUGAAUUGGAUACUCAGGCUGUGGAUCUCAUCUUUGUGGAAGGUAUUUCUGAAGAUAGGGAGGGAAUGGCUGUUAUGAACAGAUUGAGAAAAGCUGCUUCCAGGAUUAUAGAAGUUUAA